CAGCAGCUGAGCGUCCAUAAAAUCUCCUGCAAUCUGAACAGGGAUAGAGGGAUAGGGGUUCAGAUCCAGAGAGGGACUACGAGUGAUUCCCGUUCUCAAGGGAGCCAUCACUGGUGAACUCAACAAACAAACGUGACCUGCUUUUCAAAGUCAGGCAGGAUUUAUUUAUAGACGGCGAGUCCAAAGACUGGAGCUGAGUCACAGAACAGGCAUGAAAAAUCUGGAUAUUUUUGACCAAGUUACAGCCAAGAUGAGUUACGGAUCUGAAGUCUUUUCCUCCUCCUCCUACCGGAAGAUUUUCGGGGAUUCUCCCCGUUAUGCGUCCUCUCCGUCGCGGACAGUGAACGUGUCCCGGGGAGGUUACCGUUCCUCUGCAACCCGGAGCAACGUUGCAUCUCUGGGCUCGUACAACAGAAAGUCCGGCCGCUCCAUGCCACUGGAGACCUUCGACCUGACACAGAGCAACGUCCUCAACAAUGAGUUCAAAAUCGUCCGCACCAAUGAGAAGGAACAAAUGCAGGGUCUCAAUGACCGCUUUGCAAUGUUCAUCGACAAAGUGCGCAACUUGGAGCAGCACAACAAAGUGCUGGAGACGGAGUUGACUGCUCUGCGCCAACGGCAGACCGAGCCGUCCCGCCUGGCCGAGCUUUACCAACAAGAGAUCCGCGAACUGCGCUCCCAGCUCGAAGAGCUGAACGGAGAGAAGUCCCAGCUCAUCAUCGAGAGGGACUGUAUUGAAGACGACCUGCAGAAGCUCAGGGGAAAAUACGAAGAGGAGUACCGCGCCCGGGAGGACGCGGAGGCCACCCUCAAGGCUUUUAGGAAAGAUGUGGAUGAUGCCACCAUGGUGCGCCUGGACCUGGAGAAGAAGGUGGAAUCUCUGCUGGACGAGAUCAACUUCCUCAGGAAAGUGCACGAAGAGGAGGUGGUCGAGCUGACGGACAUGAUCCACGCUGCCCAGGUGUCUGUGGAGAUGGAGGUGUCCAAGCCGGACCUCACCUCCGCUCUCAAAGAGAUUCGCGGCCAGUACGAGUCCAUGGCGUCCAAGAACAUGCAGUCAGCCGAGGAGUGGUAUAAGACCAAGUUCGCCGACUUGUCCGAGCAGGCCACCCGGAGUAACGAGGCCAUUCGCGCCAGCAGGGAGGAACUGAACGAGUUCAGGAGGCAGCUGCAGUCCAAGACCAUCGAGAUAGAGAGUCUGAGGGGAACCAACGAGUCUAUGGAAAAGCAACUCAGGGAGAUGGAGGAGAGGCACAAUGUGGAGAUUGGAAACUACCAGGACAACAUGGUAGAGCUGGAGAAUGAGCUGAGGGGCACUAAGAGCGAGAUGGCUCGUCACCUGAGGGAGUACCAGGAUCUGCUGAACGUCAAGAUGGCCCUGGAUAUUGAAAUUGCAGCUUACAGGAAACUACUGGAAGGGGAGGAGACCCGCAUCGGGACAGGGAUCAGCUAUCCCGGCUCCUCCAUGAGCUCAAGUGUUGGCCAAGGCUACAACUACCAGAGCCGUAUUUACACCAGCUCCAGCAAGGGCUCCAAGAGGGAGGACGAGGACCAGCAGCAGCAGCAGAGCAAGUCUGCAGGCAAGGUGACCCAGCGUGAAAUUUAUGAGGAGACAGUGGUCACCACCAAGAAGAUGGAGAAGCAGCAAGACCCCAGCGACAUUCCCACCAAUCAGAAAAACUAAGCUAGUUUUUGACCCCUCAAGUUUCCCUUUUACCGUGCAAACCUAUACCUCUCUCUUGAUUUCCCAUUCUAAAACAAACCCUGGGCCACUUAAGCACUUGUGGGGAUCGAAAAUUAUAGUGAAACCACCUUAUUAUAAUCAUAGUAAAAUCGUCAUGGUUUCUUUCUGCACUAUUGUGCGUUGGAUGUCCACAAGUGUGUUGAGUGUGGGAGCUAGAUGUUUGUUUUUAUAUGGGUUUAUCCUUCCCUGUCCCCUUUGUCCCUCACAUGUGUUAUUCAAAGGAAAUCCAUUAUAACUCUACUGUAACCAUCACUCAAUACAAAACCACAGUACUCUCUUCUCUCCUUCUCACACUCAACAUCAAACAAUGACAAGCACAUACUGUAGGUAGCAUCUCAUACAGAAGUAUGGUCUUUCAAAAUAUAAUAUUCAGUCUUUCACACUUUGGGCUGAUGUUACAUAAUACAACACAAUAUGUGAUACUGAAACACAGUAGAUGUUAACUCUAAACUGGUUAUUCACUAAUACCACAAGCUGUGAGAUCCUCUCAACACAUUCCUAUGGAAGCAUGUGUGUGCAUCCACUUACAUACAUACAAUACAAAAAAUAAUUCUAAUGACAGUUUAGUUAGUUAGUUAGCGGAAACCAGCCAAAAUAAACAAUAAUAUUUGAUAGUGUAUUGCUGAGCCAUUAUUUUGAGUCUCUUUACUAAAAAUGGAGUUCAUAAGCAAAAUGUGCUCUUACACACUUUGUUUGAUCCCAGUUGGUGCAUCAGUGACUUGACUGUGGUUUAAUCAGCUCUGCAUGACAACAGUAUGGAAGAAUCAUUCUCUUCCAACUCCUUUUUACCUUCCUGGCAAAGUUUCAUCCUCAAAAUUGGAUUCCCGUAGCUAUUUAAAUGAGAUUUGAAGCAAAACAAGAAAACAAAUGUAUUAAUAGAGAAUCAUUUUGCAUGUUGUAUGUAGAUGUCAUGCUUGCAUGGAAUCCAUCGGCCCAUUGCUCAUUGGACACAAUUUCAUUGUUUGGAGUUAAAAGGCUGGCUCAUGCUUUCCUUUCCACCAUAUACAGCUACUGAGCAUCAUCAUGCACACAACUCAUUAAUAACUGAAAUAGACAUGUGCUAUGAAAAGGUCAAAAUCCUCGUUAAGGCACUUAUCUUGGAAGGUAAAAACUAUCAAAUUUGGAAAAAAGUUUGCACAAUGUGCUAUGAAGGAUACAGGGAAAAGGGUUAAGCAAAGAUGCUGUAAAGGAAGCCAAAUGCAGCUAAUAUAAUAAGAAAGAGGUAGUGAUUUCUAUCUUGAAAUAGAUAUAUUAUAUUAGAGACUGAAUUGCAGAUUUCGCUUUAGCACAAAAGUACAAGAUUCUCCAUGCUCUACCAGGGUGUUAUGAAUUGUGUGCAUAUUCAACACUAUUUCCCAUCAAUGAUGCUUUAAGCACAUUUAAACCCCAGGAUCCAUACCAUAUCACUCAGCCAGAAAAACCAAGAAAACCAUGCCAUCAUCGCUCAAAAGUCAGGAGCCGCCAGACCGCAACAUGUUUGAAACAACUUGACCUCUCUCUCUUUACAACUGUGGCCAUGGCUGGAGAAAAUGUCUGUUGUAGUACAACCUCACCACUUAAAACCCCUCAGUAUGAGAGACGUGUAGCUUGUUCUUUUCUGCUUGCGCACUGCCGACUUUAACAAAGCUUAUUCUCCUGCUGCUGGUCAUGGCGACCCACGCCCUGACAAACUGCACUUACAAUUAAAACAAAAAAACGACUGAUUGUAUGGAAGACUGUUCUGGAUUGGGUUCCUGCUGUUUUACUUGAGGCUUGUGAUAAGUAUCUUAGUACUGUAGUGAGUGUGUCUGUAUCUCUACACAGUGGCCUAUCAUAACUGGAAUCAUUUAGGGGGUGGCAAAUCUGAAAAUUGGGCAUUUUGUUUUAUGGAUAACAGAAUCCCAAUGUAAAGCAGUAGAAAAAUCUCAGAUGUACAAGAACUUAAAAAUGUAAGCAGCAUUUUAUAGUACACAGCUAUAACAAAGGAUGAAUGGUUCAUGGUUACAAAUGUCAAGCCUUUAUCUUUACACUGUAAAACCAAAGGAGUUUUCAAUGGUGUCACUACUAGCCUGCAACUACUGCACUGCCAAACUUUUCUAAGUGCACAUGCAACACCACUUCAUGGGGGGAAAAAACAUCAAGCUGAAAACACAGUGCGUCAUCAAUACAAAAAUCAACAUCAACUAAAUCAAGAUUUAGCCAUAGAACAAAUAACUGUAGGAUGUGAAAUGCCUUAAAACACCAGCAGCUUUGUUUCUGGCCAUGUGUGUGACAUGUAUGAUUCUGUUCAGUGGAGUGUUUAAUCAUUAUUAUCUCUUUAUUAGCGUUUAUUAGAGCUACCAUGACUACUAAAGCAUGGGGAUCGAAUGUAGUUGACAUGCUAUUCUCUUUACUGUUAUUACUAUGUAUUGCUGUAAGACACCAUAUAUAUCA